GCAGUGUCCCCCAGCGAGUUCCCUGGGAGGCCGCUCUACGGCCAGUGUCUUUGCUCAGCACUCGGACAGUCCGUGACCGAGUGUCUCCCGUAUGGUUUAUAAAUGGCCUUUUCCAUUUCUGAAUGACAGCUCUCUGAAAAGACGUUAAAAGAGCGAUAGGUUCUAAAAUACAGCGAAACACUCCAGUCACCGCAUCCACUGUCGCCUCGGGCUAAGACACCACUCCUGAUGCCUCUGACCUUGGAGAAGCGGGCAGCACUGUCGUGCAAAAGGUGAAAAUGUGUAGUCGCUGCCUGACGGGGACAAAGUCUGCGUUUGGUGCCGGAAAGGCUGCGUAGGGAUGUCCUCCUACUCCUGCAGAAGCUGAACCUGCGGACGUGAAGGGGGAUUUCAUUUUACAGAUGGGAAACUCAUUGACUUCAUCAUCAGCAGGAAAUAUGGGAUGUAUAAAAUCAAAAAGGAAAGACAAUCUGAAUGGCGAUGGAGUAGAUUUGAAGCCUCAACCAGUACGUAAUACUGACCGAACUAUUUAUGUGAGAGAUCCAACGUCCAAUAAACAGCAAAGGCCAGUUCCAGAAUCUCAGCUUUUACCAGGACAGAGGUUUCAAACCAAAGAUCCUGAGGAGCAAGGAGACAUUGUGGUAGCCUUGUACCCCUACGAUGGCAUCCAUCCAGACGACCUGUCGUUCAAGAAAGGAGAGAAGAUGAAAGUCCUGGAGGAACAUGGAGAAUGGUGGAAAGCUAAAUCCCUUUCAACGAAGAGAGAAGGUUUCAUCCCCAGCAACUACGUAGCCAAAGUCAACACCUUGGAAACGGAAGAGUGGUUUUUCAAGGACAUAACCAGGAAAGAUGCUGAAAGGCAGCUUCUUGCGCCCGGGAACAGUGCUGGGGCUUUUCUUAUCAGAGAAAGUGAAACAUUAAAAGGAAGCUUCUCUCUUUCUGUCAGAGAUUAUGACCCUGUGCAUGGUGAUGUUAUUAAGCACUACAAAAUUAGAAGUCUGGACAAUGGGGGUUAUUACAUCUCUCCACGAAUCACUUUCCCUUGUAUCAGUGACAUGAUUAAGCAUUACCAAAAGCAGUCAGAUGGCUUGUGCAGAAGACUGGAGAAGGCGUGUAUUAGUCCCAAACCGCAGAAGCCAUGGGACAAAGACGCCUGGGAGAUCCCACGGGAGUCCAUCAAGUUGGUGAAAAGGCUCGGUGCCGGGCAGUUCGGGGAAGUCUGGAUGGGUUACUAUAACAACAGUACCAAAGUGGCUGUAAAAACCCUGAAACCAGGCACCAUGUCUGUGCAAGCAUUCCUGGAGGAGGCCAACCUCAUGAAGACCCUUCAGCAUGACAAGCUGGUGAGGCUGUAUGCCGUGGUCACCAGAGAGGAGCCUAUCUACAUCAUCACUGAAUACAUGGCCAAGGGCAGUCUGCUGGAUUUCCUGAAGAGUGACGAAGGGGGCAAAGUCCUGCUUCCAAAGCUCAUUGACUUCUCUGCUCAGAUUGCAGAGGGAAUGGCAUACAUCGAGAGGAAGAACUACAUUCACCGAGAUCUACGAGCAGCGAACGUUCUGGUCUCUGAGUCACUCAUGUGCAAAAUUGCGGAUUUUGGGCUCGCUCGCGUGAUCGAGGACAAUGAGUACACAGCAAGGGAAGGUGCCAAAUUCCCCAUCAAGUGGACGGCUCCAGAAGCGAUCAACUUUGGAUGUUUCACGAUUAAGUCUGAUGUGUGGUCCUUUGGAAUUCUCCUGUACGAAAUCGUCACCUACGGGAAAAUUCCCUACCCAGGGCGAACUAAUGCCGACGUGAUGACCGCCCUGUCGCAGGGCUACCGGAUGCCCCGCAUGGAGAACUGCCCCGACGAGCUCUAUGACAUCAUGAAAAUGUGCUGGAAAGAAAAGGCAGAAGAGAGGCCGACGUUUGAUUACUUACAGAGUGUCCUGGAUGAUUUCUACACGGCCACGGAAGGGCAGUAUCAGCAGCAGCCUUGACGCCCAGGGAGGCUCGUGGCCAUCGGCUGGGACGGCUGCCUCAUUCGAGAGGAAAACAUGACCGUCGCUGGUUGUGCUAGUCUUUCAUAUGCUAGGAUCAUCUACCGGCCCUGCUUCCUGAAAGCGAGGCCAAGUUACUCAGGAAGAACACUCUCGACAUGGGCAAGUAUUCUCUUUCUCAUCGGCUGAUGCCCACCGGCAGCCGCGCGGACCGCACCCAGCCGGCAACCUUGCUUCGCUAGACCGACGUCUGCCUUCGGAGAAGAAGCCACCUGUUCCGUCCAACGGGCACCCACCUCGGCCUCUUGUUUACAACUCGAUGUGGGACUCAUGGGCGCAGAGGCCCUCUCAGUGAAUCUCAAACAGUAGCAGAGUGAAACUCAUUCCUAAAAAGCGAAGUAACCAGACGCAGAUCACGACCCUCGUUUGCAUUUUCUCUCUGCCUUGGCUUAUCUGUUAAAAAGAAAAAAAAGAAAAAAAAGAAAAAAAAAAUUACUAAUCCGAUUGUUACAUUUUGCAGCUGAAGUCAGAAGGUUAAAAUGGUCUCUCCCAGAUUGCAGUGAUUUCCCCUGCCCUUAAAGUCUGAGGCUGUUAAAGAUUUUCCUUCCACGGAGACGGCUGGGAACUCCCAGACACGAAGCGUGCUCUCCUGUUCUGUUUCCUAUAGGAGUGUGUGUGGUUUGUGAGUGUGCACAGAUGUCGUGUGUCGCCACACAGACCCCACCGACGGCCAGGGCUGGCCCAGACCUCCCAGGAAAGAGAGAAGAACCAAAGGAACUGCUGUACCCUCAGAAGGAAUAUUUUGAACGGCCCAGCUUUUCAAUUCCCCAGUUUCCUAUCUGAGAGACUUUUUUGACCAUGUACUUUGGGUCAAACAAUAAGAUUCUAAUCUCUGCAGAGCCUUAUAAAAGGCCUUCUAAGACAUAAGAAUUCUCUUUAUUGCUUCCAAUGAUUUGAACGUUAUUUUAACGAUGGAAUGUUCAUUUUCGUUGUACUCGAGAAAGUAAAAACGCCAUAUUUGGGUCUAUUUUUGUGAUUCAUCCAUCUUUUCUAAAUUGUGUAAGGUGUGGGUGGGACUAUUUAUACGAGGAUACGAAAGGAACGGAAGUGACUGAAGGGCUCAAAUGAGCUCCUGCAGCAAGGGAGACGAGAGGUCUUGUUUACUAAGUUGUUCUACUGUGAGCUUCGAAUAGAAAAUGCUACAUCACAUCGUGUUUCACUUAUGCUGUUGUGUAUAUACCUAAUAUUGCUGUUUUCUUGAUUCUAUUUGAAUACACCUGGCCCAGUA